AUGUUGGCUUCAAAGAGAAAAGAACAGUACUACUCUGAGCAACACUCUUCCUUGAUUAACAAGGCCUACCAAACCCUCCUGAACCCUCUGAGCCGUGGCCUCUAUCUACUGGAGCUGAAAGGAGUAGAGCCGGCACAGGAGACAGACUCUGAUGCAGACCCAGUGUUUCUCACAGAAAUCAUGGAAAUGAAUGAGAAAUUAGCAGAGCCUAAAAAUGAGGAUAUCCUUGAAGAAAUUGAAACUUUAAUUAAAGUUAAACAAGAAGAACUGACCAAAGAGGUGACUGCAGCUUUUGAAAGAGAUGAUCUUCAAGAAGCCAAGAAGCUUCUAGCCAAAAUGAAGUAUUUUGCAAACUUAGAGGAUAAACUAAAGAACAAGAAGAUCCCAUCCUGAUACUGGCUCCUUUCCCAUUAAGAGUUAACAUGUUUUCAAUUAAACAGCUGAUUUAGCUACCAAAA